AGCAUAAAAUUUGAUGAAAAAAAUAAGUACAACACAUAGAAUUGAAAAGGACAAUAAAACUAAAACAAGCAUUUCAACUCAUAGUCUAUUUAAUAAAGUAUAAUAAAAAAUGAUGACCAGUAAAGAUUAAGAUAUUGAUAAAUUAAAAUAAGUUUAAGAAAUAGAUAAUAAAAGUAAAAAAGAAGUAGUAAAUAAAUUACAUAAAUACUCAACCCCAAAUUGUGGUUAAUUUAGAAUAAAAACUGAAGCUUCUAAUUAUUAUUUUGCUUAGAAUAAUAAAAAAAAAUCUAUAUUGAAUAUACCAAAUCUAAGUAAUUUAGAAGGUGUUAAAACAAAUAAUUUAAGUAUUUUUGAAUAAAAAACACCAAGAAUCUUAUUAGUUAGAAGUGAAAAAUAUAAUUAAAAGUAACCUUUAACUUAAAGACUAAUGUGUACAUAUCUUAAAAAAUAAAAUCCUAAUUCAAAAUUAAUAAAGAGCAAUAAUAAAGUUUGA